UGGUUUUUUAAAAAAAAAAUACCCCCCAAGCGCAGCCCUUCCAAACGGCAGUGUUGCAUAGCUUAAAUAUUUGAGGAGAUAAGGAAAGCCUAGAAGUGGGGCCUGUGAGUACAGCAAACAGCAGUGCACUUCUCCUCCGGUGAGGCAGCGACCCUUUCGUCCGUCCCUGUAGGCAGUUGUUGCCGUCGUGGCACAGCCUGCGGUAAAGAACACUUGGCAGUGGGGCAAGUAAAACGCCUGGUGGUUUCCCAGUAGCUUUUGUCAUGAAGGUAGCUUCAUUUUCACACUCGAGAACGUGAGUUGGGAGAAACUUGAGUUCAAGGUGAGUGUCAUCAUUGAAGCACUUCUUUUUCUGAGUAUCGGUUUCUUGCAGCAAGGAGCAAGGUCACUGAAUGAUUGCACACACACCUGGUAGUGAUAAAUGCUCCAUUUUGUCUUUAUCCUCUUUAAUUCACUUGCCUGUCUGUGUUCCUUCCAAGACUUUCAUUUCGUUUCCCACCUUGUGCUUCCUUGCAUCUGAUCGAUCCAUCCUUCUGUAUAGGAAACCUGGCUUUUCAGUUCUGUUUUGGAAAACCCACGGCGGUAAUCCAGUUAAACGGCAUAUGCUGGAUGAAAAGAGCCAAGCCUAAACAAGUUGUGUUCUCAUCUCUGGGGGUUGAUGGGGACCGUGCCCUGCGAGCAGGCUGGCAAAAGGCAUGUGAAAAACCUCUUUUAAGGGCUGUGAGUGGGCAGCGUUGGUCGUGGUGCCCCGUUAGAGGUCCAUGCGCACCACUCAGGUGUGUGCUGGUGGGUGGCCAGCCCACAGCGGCCUCGAUCCGUACAGAAAUGAGGUGUGUGUCUGCUCUGAAGCUUUCCCUCUGCCAUGGUACUGUAAAAAGUUCUCGAUGUAGCAGGGAAGUAGCUUCAUAAAAGCACUGCGAAGCAAGACUCUGUCGUUACCGAGGUGCCCGAGUCUCAGCGGCAGCCCUGGCCUCCUCGAACGGUUAUCGGAGGUGCACGGGCGUCGGAUUUGAUUCAUUGUCGGACAGACAGUGGGUGGGAUGAGGCUUCACAGUCUCCCUGCACCAGUGCUGUGUAAAAGCAGAUCUCCUCAGUAGGGAGGCGAGCUUCGCUUCGGGAGCAGAGGCCACGGUAAAGGAAGAAAUCCUUUGGCUUGCUGCAGUGUUGUGGAACUGAUGGGGAAGCUUCUUUCUCUGCUAAAAUAGCUCAGCCUAGCUCGCUGCCUUCACCAGGUGCCAGGGAACCGAUGUGAUCCAAAGCAAGGCUCUUGUCCGCAGCAAAGAAGGUCCAACUGUAGACUGUCCUCCUCGCACUUGUUCCUGCGUUCCUUCGUGCACGCCCAGCAUGGAAAAUCACAGCGAGAUUGAACGUAGGCGAAGGAACAAGAUGACCGCCUACAUCACAGAGCUCUCGGACAUGGUGCCCACCUGCAGCGCCCUGGCCCGCAAACCAGACAAGCUCACCAUCUUGCGCAUGGCUGUCUCUCACAUGAAGUCGCUGCGUGGCACAGGCAAUACCUCCACUGACGGCACCUACAAACCCUCCUUUCUCACUGACCAGGAGCUCAAACACCUGAUCCUAGAGGCGGCCGACGGCUUUCUGUUCAUAGUGUCUUGUGAGACCGGGAGGGUGGUCUACGUCUCCGAUUCUGUGACUCCUGUCCUGAACCAGCCCCAGUCCGAGUGGUUUGGCAGCACCCUCUACGACCAGGUGCACCCGGAUGACGUGGGCAAGCUGAGGGAGCAGCUUUCCACAUCGGAGAACGCGCUGACAGAAGGAACCAAACCCUGGUGCCUUUCUAACAAGGAUCCUGCAGCCCCCCCUGAGAAUGCAUCUAAAGGUCGCAUCCUCGAUUUGAAGACUGGGACUGUCAAGAAGGAAGGCCAGCAGUCCAUGAGGAUGUGUAUGGGUUCACGAAGAUCUUUCAUCUGCCGAAUGAGGUGUGGCAACAGCUCAGUGGAUCCAGUCUCUGUAAAUCGUCUCAGCUUUAUGAGGAAUCGCUGCAGGAAUGGCUUAGGUGCAGCAAAAGAUGGUGAACCUCACUACGUUGUGGUGCACUGCACGGGUUACAUAAAAGCCUGGCCCCCUGCAGGUGUUUCGCUGCCUGAUGAUGACCCAGACGCUGGCCAGGGCAGCAAGUUUUGCCUUGUGGCUAUCGGCAGGCUCCAGGUCACCAGCUCACCCAACUGCACAGACAUGAACAAUGUUUGUCAGCCAACAGAGUUCAUCUCCCGACACAACACCGAAGGCAUUUUCACUUUCAUCGAUCACCGGUGUGUGGCUACAGUUGGCUACCAGCCGCAGGAACUUCUGGGGAAAGACAUUGUGGAUUUCUGCCACCCGGAAGACCAGCAGCUUUUGCGGGACAGCUUUCAGCAGGUGGUGAAGUUAAAAGGCCAGGUUCUGUCAGUCAUGUUCCGAUUCCGAUCCAAAAACCGGGAAUGGCUCUGGAUGAGAACCAGCUCCUUUACCUUCCAGAACCCCUACUCGGAUGAAAUUGAGUACAUCAUCUGUACCAACACCAACGUCAAGAACUCGAGCCAGGAGUCUCGACCUGCCCUGUCAAACUCAAUGCAGAGGCCCCAGCUGGGGCAGAGUGUCAACCUUCCCCUGGAGAUGGGCACGGCACAGCUGCCCUCAAGGCAGCAGCAGCCGCCACAACAGACAGAGCUGGAAGUGGUCCCAGGAAGAGAGAGCCUGUCUGGUUAUGACCACUCACAGGUUCCCGUUCAGCCGGUGACUGCUGCCGGCCCAGAGCACAGCAAGCCCUUGGAGAAGGCAGAGAGCCUUUUUAAUCAGGAGCGGGACCCAAGGUUCAGCGAAAUCUACAGCAGUAUCAACGCAGACCAGAGCAAAGCCCUUCCUGCCAGCACAGUGCCUGCCAACCAGCCCCUCUUCACGCAGGGAAACACCUUCACCCCACCACGACCUGCUGAGAACUUCAGGAGCAGCAGCAUGGUACCUCCUGUCAACAUUAUUCAGCAGCAGCCCUCGUCAGCGGGCCGGAUCUUAGCACAGAUUUCACGCCACUCCAGCCCAGCUCAGGUCAGCGGAACCAACUGGGCUCCAGGGACACGGCCGGUGUUCACGCCCCAGCAAGUGGGGUCCCAGACUGUGAAGACUCGGCCCCCUUCCUUCAGCAUGGGGACUUUCCAAGGCACCCCGUCUUCCUUCAGUCCCAUGACAGCACCUGGCUCUACGGCUUCUCCUACCGGCGCUGCUUACCCGAACCUUGCCAGCCGUGGCACCGGCUUCACCACGGAAGCGGCGCAGACGCCCAGCACAUUCGAGCCGCGGGCAGCCGAAGGCGUGGGGAUGUGGCCGCAGUGGCAAGGACAGCACCAUGGCCCAGCGUCUGGGGAGCAACACGUGCAGCAGCCGCAGCCAAGCCAGCCUGAGGUCUUCUCAGACAUGCUGACGAUGCUGGGAGACCAAGGACCCAACUACAACAACGAAGAGUUCCCAGAGCUGAAUAUAUUCCCUUCUUUUUCAGAAUAAAAUAAGCCCUAGGGGAAGCAACUUAUAACUAUAUAAUAAUAUCCAUGUGUAAAGGAAAACACCUAAGUCUUUUUUUCAAAGACUGCUGAACUUUCUAAACACUUCCUACCUUCUGGAGGCGAAGCUCUGCCCCACAGCCUGGAGGAUGGGCGGCCGUGCAGGAGGAAGGGGCGCUGGUUUUGGGCACCUCGGCGCGGCGCUGCCAGCGGGGGACUGUUGGAGGCAGCAGGACUUGAGUGCUGCGAGUGCAGCCGCACGCACUGACCGAAGGCCCCACAUGUCCCGAGCGGUUCUCGUUCCGCACGCUGGGUGGGUCGGAGGGAUGGACAGCCCCUCCAAAGUUGUAAGGUGGCUUUUACUGUUGGGUUUUUUUAUUAUUAUUUCAAUCUUCUUUACCGUGACUUUUUUUUUUUUUCUAUAAAACACAAAGUAUUGUAACUUUUUAAAUAUUGGAAGAAACUCUUCCAAGCGUUAA